AUGUUCACUCCUAUUCUAGCGCUCGCAUUUGCCGCCAUUACUCCAAUCGUCAAUGCCUACCCCAUCACUGGCAACUCCGUCAACUGCCGCUCUGGCCCAGGAACCUCUUACUCCGUAGUCAAGAGCUACAAUAAAGGAGCGGACGUUGCAAUCACCUGUCAGGCGGCCGGUACAACCAUCAAUGGCAACCAAUUUUGGGACAAGACCUCCGACGGCUGCUACAUUGCCGACUACUAUAUCAGAACCGGGAGCAGCAGCUAUGUCACCAAGAAAUGCGGCGGCAGCAGCGGUGGCAGCACCAGUGGAAACCUCCCCGGCCUCACAUCCACCCAGUCCAAGCAUGCAAAGGCCAUCAUCGCAGAAGCAAAGAAAGAAAACCUGGGUCGUCAGGGCUGUCUUGCUGGAAUUGCAACCGGGCUUGUUGAGUCUAAUAUACUUGUUUACGCCAACAAGAAAGUCCCCGAUUCCCUAAAGUAUCCCCAUGAUGCUGUGGGCUCGGACAACGACAGCGUAGGCAUCUUCCAGCAACGCGCUAUUUACUACCCUGAUAUUGCUGCCGAUAUGGAUGCUGCUAAGUCGGCGGCACAGUUCUUCAAGGGCAUAAAGAAUGUCAAUGGCUGGAAGACUAUGGAGGUUGGCAAGCUUUGCCAGAAGGUGCAGGGCUCGGCAUACCCAAGUCGGUAUGCAGAGCGUCUCGAUGAUGCUAAGAAGAUUUGUGUUGCUGGUGGCUUGUAG